AGAUUAUUAUUGUUUUUUUUUUCAAUUCAAAAUCCGUUCCAAACGUCGUGUGAGAAAGUUUAGCUGGUCCACCUCAAGAUGGGCGGCGCUGAUGGUCGCAGCACUAGCUGUAGCAGCAGCAGCAGUGGAGAGGAAGACGGAGACGCCGAGUGGAGAGCCGCCAUCAACUGUGUCGCCACCACCACCAACAGUCUUUCCUCUACCUCGAACGGGUCAACACCAAAAUCAUCUGGCCGUCCAAGCGAAGAUAAUAAACCCCCAAAUAUCAAGCAUUACCAUAUCAAGGCACAAAAGCUUCUGGAUGGCAUCUUAGAGAAGACCAUAGAAGUGGUGAGAGAUCCUGCUGAUAUCCCACAUAGUGAUCCAAUGAUAAGUGAAUGUGGAGUUCGGUUAUUUAAACAUGCUCCCCCUGGAAUAGUGUUUGAUCAUGUAGAUGAACUUCAACGACCAACGAAGAGACCAAGAAUCCCUCCAAUUGAAGAGAUUGAUGAGAAAUCAAAGAAGUUUAGACGGCAACUUCAAUCUGUUGCGGUUGAUGGGACGGACAUUAUAGCCGCAGCAAGAGAUGCAUGCCAGAAAUCUUUAGCCAGAAUAGAAGCCAAAGAUGCAGCUGCUAAAGCAGCUGCCAAGAGAGAGGAAGAGAGAGUAGCGGAACUGAAAAGAAUCCGAGGGGAAAGAUGGCUACCUUCUAUUGCCAGAGAUAUGCAGGAACGGCGGUUCAAUGCCGUUUUCGAGGCCGUGAGCUGGGCUGCGAGGACUCUCACCAUGGCUCUUGUGCUCUGCUUUCUCAACAUUCAUCACAUACCUAGAAGUGGAGAACUGAGUGUAGUCUUAAUUUGAUUUUCAUUACUCUCUCUCACACACUGUUAUCUACUAAUUUAGCAAUUGUAAUUGACUUGAUCUCAGAUUAUAUAUAUAUAAUUUUGUGUGUA